AUGAUAUGGAGGGGAUUGGAACACCUGAAUCACAUGAUAUGGAGGGGAUUGGAGCACCUGAAUCACAUGAUAUGGAGGGGAUUGGAACACCUGAAUCACAUGAUAUGGAGGGGAUUGGAACAUCUGAAUCACAUGAUUGGGAGGGGAUUGGGACACCUGAAUCACAUGAUAUGGAGGGGAUUGGAACACCUGAAUCACAUGAUUGGGAGGGGAUUGGGACACCUGAAUCACAUGAUUGGGGAGGGGAUUGGAACACCUGAAUCACAUGAUUGGGAGGGGAUUGGGACACCUGAAUCACAUGAUAUGGAGGGGAUUGGAACACCUGAAUCACAUGAUUGGGAGGGGAUUGGGACACCUGAAUCACAUGAUAUGGAAGGGAUUGGAACACCUGAAUCACAUGAUGGGGAGGGGAUUGGAACACCUGAAUCACAUGAUGGGGAGGGGAUUGGAACACCUGAAUCACAUGAUGGGGAGGGGAUUGGAACACCUGAAUCACAUGAUGGGGAGGGGAUUGGAACACCUGAAUCACAUGAUGGGGAGGGG